GGAGACACCGCCGCGUUCGCGUACCGUCCGUACCAGUUUUUUUUAUAUACAUGUUUAAGUGAGAAAAAUAACUCGGUUCAGUGUCGUAGGUUUUGCGGAAUUGCCUUAAUAUAGCGGAAGAAGCGGAACACUUUAAGUGUCGCGGUACGCUGUUCGAGUUCUAGCUAAAGCUAGCUUUUAUUUCAUAUUUUAACUUUACAAAGCGGCGUUUUCCGCCGUUUUUUUUUUUUUCCUUCUCGCCGCCCCGCUCACUCUACCCCCUUGUGUGUGAGUGGGGGCCUGCAACGUCGGUUUAGCCACGAGGCGCGUCGGUUGUGUCGGAUUAGAGCGAUGGCAGAGUUCGGCAACGGACUAGCAGAUGAAUCUCUACUAGAUUCAGAUCCCGGACAUCCCGAACUGGAGGACCCAGGUGUCGGCGACGAAGAUCCGGGAUUAGAAGAGGGAGAGGCCGCCAUUGAAGACCCGGAACUGGAGGCAAUUAAAGCUCGGGUCCGAGAGAUGGAGGAAGAGGCCGAAAAGCUGAAGGAGCUACAGAACGAGGUGGAGAAACAGAUGAAUCUCAGCCCCCCACCAGUUGGUCCUGUCAUCAUGUCCAUCGAGGAGAAGAUGGAGGCAGAUGGCAGAUCUAUUUAUGUUGGCAAUGUGGAUUAUGGAGCCACGGCGGAGGAGCUGGAAGCUCACUUUCAUGGCUGUGGUUCAGUAAACAGAGUCACCAUUCUAUGUGACAAAUACACAGGGCAUCCCAAGGGUUUUGCUUACAUUGAGUUUGCAGACAAAGAGUCGGUUCGGACAGCUAUGGCCCUGGAUGAAUCCCUUUUCAGAGGCAGACAGAUAAAGGUGGGAGCCAAGAGAACAAACAGACCAGGCAUCAGCACCACAGAUCGCGGUUUUCCACGGGGUCGGUUCCGAUCACGGGGAGGAGGAAGCUUCGCCUCGCGUGCGCGAUAUUACACCGGUUACCCACCCAGAACCAGAGGACGGGCCUUCAGGUUUCAAGACCAGUGGAGGCUGACAACCCCUCCCCAGGUGGCGCCGGCCCCCCCCACCGUCUCGGCAGCAUCUCUGUCUCUCUCCGCUCCUGCUAUGCACACUCACCCCAUCCUAUCAGUGUGGGGCGGCGGGGGAGGGGGGCAGGGCGACCACAGGCCUACCGCUGGAGGCAUUUACUACAACAGCAAACGCUGACGACGCUUUUUAACUAACACCUUAAAAAAAAAGAAAAUAAAACACACGCAUCACACAUCGUCCAAGACAAACAUACACACCUAACCAAACGCAGCAGUAAUGACGGUCAGCCAAGCCAACACAUGACUUCUACACCCAGAGCCGAAGCCAAUAAUAGCUGAGAGGCAGACAGGCAAGUUAAGAGGGGGGGAGAGUGAGAUGGGAGAGUAGGUGAUUCAUUAUGGAGGUGUCCUGAGGGCGCCCCCUUUCUCUGAGCAGGCGCAGUGCAGCCACGGCUUGUCUGAGAGAGGCUGCUGAGCUAACAGCAUGGAUUUCAAUUGAAGAGUGGGCUGGAGCUGUUUUUAGGGUGGGGGAAGUUGGGGCUAGGGUUUGUCUGGAGACCUUUUUGAUUUCUUUUUUUUAUUUUGAAAAAAAAAAA